CGGCGUGCAUACGCCUCUUCUUGCGUUCUCAUGUUAAUGGCGGGCGGCGGCUGCUGAGUGGGACGAAGAUAACCGCUGUUGGCACCGGGAAAGUCUCCCUGCCUCCCCUUUUCUGCUCGCCGCCAGUACCCGAACUCGCCAGCAUGUCCGUGGUGCCGCCGAAUCGCUCGCAGACCGGUUGGCCCCGGGGGGUCAACCAGUUCGGCAACAAGUACAUCCAGCAGACCAAGCCCCUCACCUUGGAGCGCACCAUCAACCUGUAUCCUCUUACCAAUUACACUUUUGGUACAAAAGAGCCCCUCUAUGAGAAGGACAGCUCUGUUGCAGCCAGAUUUCAGCGCAUGAGGGAGGAAUUUGAUAAAAUUGGAAUGAGGAGGACUGUAGAAGGGGUUCUGAUUGUACAUGAGCACCGGCUACCCCAUGUGUUACUGCUACAGCUGGGAACAACUUUCUUCAAAUUACCUGGUGGUGAACUUAACCCAGGAGAAGAUGAAGUUGAAGGACUAAAACGCUUAAUGACAGAGAUACUGGGCCGUCAAGAUGGAGUCCUGCAAGACUGGGUCAUUGAUGACUGCAUUGGGAACUGGUGGAGACCAAAUUUUGAACCUCCUCAGUAUCCCUAUAUUCCUGCACACAUUACAAAACCUAAGGAACAUAAGAAGUUGUUUUUGGUUCAACUUCAAGAGAAAGCCUUGUUUGCAGUCCCUAAAAAUUACAAGCUGGUAGCUGCACCACUGUUUGAGUUGUAUGACAAUGCACCAGGAUAUGGACCCAUCAUUUCUAGUCUCCCUCAGCUUUUGAGCAGGUUCAAUUUUAUAUACAACUGAAUUCCUGCACAGUGGAGAAGUAAAAGAAGCCGUCUCUGUGAGCACAGCUCUACACCGUGUAAAAUAAAUGUUGUAGAAAAGUUUUCUGGUUUUAUCCUUUCCCAGCCCCUGAAUUGCCACCUGCUUUCUAUUGUUUGAACAGUAAAGUUAAUAUGGAGAACGAGAUAGUGGUGUAAACACACGUGAUAAUGUUAAUUUGCUUUUGUUUCUACUCAUACGUUUUUGUACAACAUUACAGAAAGUAGUCUUUCUAUUUGUAUUUCAUUUUUUUAAAUUUCACAUUAAAAUUGUAAAAUUCUUACAAGCGAGGAUUGUUUUUUUCUUCCCCUUAGGCUGGUGAAUGCUAAGAGACAGUAGCAGGUUUAGAUGAGUUUAUGGGACCCAUGCCCUGGUGCCGUUCUUGGGGGUGCACUUCAAGACCACGUUAGAAAUCUUUGUGAUGAGGAUCUUCUACUUUUGGGAACUCGAUUUGCUUGAAUGAGUCCAGGGUGCAAGCCCUGCACCAAAUGUUACACUCUGAGCUGUACUGCAGCAGAACUCCCAGUACAUUACCGACUGGUACAUUUUGUAUUGGUACAGCCAGACCUUCAUUCAUAAGCAACGGACCUUAAACAUGGGACAGUACUAAAAUGGCUUGCUCGGGGGAAGUCUGGGAAAUGUCAAGUCCUCAAGAGACCAGUCUAGAGCUCAUUUAGAAUUUUGGGUUUUUUUACACCCCGACCCCCCCCCCCCCAUACACCCCGCUCCGCUGCCACCACCACCACCAUAAUGGGGAUAUUAUUUGUGCUAUUGUGAAAUUAUGUCUGAGUUAUUCUUAGGCCAUGGUAAAAUGGUGGUCUGUGAAGGAAGUUUCUAAAAGUGGGUCUGUUAGGUUUUGAACCCUUGGGGUUGAGAAGUUAUUUCUGUUAACUCGAAGUUAUAUCCAUAGAGAUGAAAAUUUGAUUUUAGCAAGUGACAAAGCCUUUUCAAGAAGACGUUGGCAUAAUCUGAAAUCUAAGGACAGGAUAGGGGAUAAGUUUUGUCAGCCUAAGGAAAAGACCAAUUUUAAAAACCUUAAAAAGACUGCUAAACUAGUAUCAAAUUUGGGGGAAUUAAAAAAAGAAUCUUAGGGCAAAGGAGUUUGCUGGUUUCAUUGAUUAAUGGUCAAAGUAUAUUGUGUAUGCCUUAUUAGAAACUUGUUGACCGUAGGCUUAACAUAAAGGAAAUCUUGUGAGAUACAGCUACUUAAAAGAGAUUGGCAUAGUUAAGUUUUUAAUAGGCAGAAAUGAACUAUUGAUUAGUUCUUACAACUUCAUGGUGCUGAUCACAGUACCAUAAAGUACUUGGUGAAGUGAAAAGUAUAUCAUGUACUUUUCCCUAUUUGGACUUGAGAAAAAUCAGACCAAGAGCACCUGAACAAUUUUAUUUACAAACAUUCAGUUUCUUUGUUGAGGUCCUGUCAAACCUUCACAUGCUUACAUAUCAAGUAGUAACUACACGUGCCCAUGCUUAAGUAGUAGGUGAGCACCAGGCUCCAGGACCAAAAGUGACCAGUGAUUUCCUUUGGAAAAGCCACGAGUUCUGCGGAUAGUUCUCUUCCCUCAAGAACUAACAGUCCCGAGCCUCUCUGGUUUACAUUAGCAUAUUUCUAAAUUACUAUAAUUUUAUUGGUGAACUCACUGAUUAGCUGAGUCCUAAGAGAUGGGAAGGCAGAGAUGGAGAUGGCUUGAUCCAGCCCACCUUCCAUGAUUGCUCCUGGCAUCCAAGUGAAAGCUACAGUGACCAUGUUUCAGAUGCGUUAGCUUUCCCCAUUUAGGGUGGGUGGAGAUAGGUGGAUGUUUGCUAGGCGUAAUUUAUAAAGUGUCAUUAAAGGAGUGAGUUGAGUCAUCUGAUUCAAGGCCACUCAUGGCCUUUGUAACUUGAGCUUUGACUUACAAAUUCUUUCUGAUCUCUGCUUCCCAGUAUGAGUGCUUGAUCCCGUCAUCCAUAUGCUGGGGCCUAGGUGAGAAGAACCUUUGAUUUACACUGCCUGGGUCACUAACCUUGGAAUGUAAUAGAUCUGGUUUUGAAUGUAAAGUUCAUAAAAAAUUUUUAAGUUGUUUUGUACUGUUGAGUCGCGGUUGUGUCCCAGUACUCUUGUUCUGGUUUCCUGCAGGAAAUAGAACUAGGGAAGUUCAAAUGUGAUGUAUUCCUAAAGCUUUAGAAGAGGGUACAAGGACACUGUUUACCACUAAGGUCUUUUGAUAAGUUCUUACCAUACCUCUUCAAGAACUAACAGUCUUAAAUCAUGUACUCCGAUUCUCUACAUGCUAAGUGCUGAAUAGCUUUUAAAUGAGCUCUUGAUUAACGACAUGUUUGACUGCCUUCUGUGUUCCGGGUUUGUUUAUAAAGGAGAGCCCUCUUGCAUUGUGUAACUACCGUAUUUGCGAGGUUAUUUUCCCCGAGUAAUCCGAGUAGUGCAUAUUCUAUAUAAAACUAAAUGGUACUAGAAAAUAAUUCAAUAGGUUGUGGGAAAAAAAUGGAAAAAGUCUUACACAGAUGUUUUAAAUCAUUGUUAGCAUUGACAUCCCCUUGAAGAAAAGUGAAAUUUGUUUUCCUAAGUGAUGAAGACUUGUGAUUUUUUUUUAAAAAGUAGAGUAGAUAACACUUAAAAUGACAUUAUGCUAAUUCUGUAUAUGAAUUUGUACUUUUAAUAGCAGAUCUGGAUUUUUAUUGUCUUACCUCGUAACUAGCACUGUGUGGUUUGGUUAUUAUUAUACUUUGGGUAUUUAAGGGUUCCAUUAAGUUAGCAUUUUAUUUGGAUAAAACAACCAAAUUAGCCAGUCCAUUCUUUUUCUUCCAGGCUUAAUUAGAAGUGAGGUCCUCCAGAUUCAGCAGGCCAGCAAGCAAUCCAUUUAGAAUUCCCUUUCUUAAAUGAUGUGACUCUUGGGCUCUCAGGUUUUUAAUGAUUAUUUUUUAAGUACCUGCCCAGUCACUUGAGAUGAAAUGCUUGGAGCAGCUUUUCCACAUUGGAGUUCCUCAGAUGAAUGUCUUUACUAGCUCAUAGUGUAUGGAACAGUAUGUGCCAUCGCUAAUAAGGCUGUUUCAGAGAGUGUCAUUUUGUAUUUCGCAUGGCCGGGGAAGGCAUAAGUGGUUUUUGAUGGUAAUACUCAUUUCCUAUAAUUAUUGUACUUGUUUUCUAUCAUUUAUUAUUUGGGUUAAACUGGACUCACUUCAGUUUCCCUUUGUUGUUUAAAUAUGUGAUGAGAAACAAUAGUCAUUUGACUUGAGUCAUAAAAAACAUUUAAAUAUUAGCUUGUUUUUGUGUGAAAACAACAGACUAAAACCUAAGUAAGUCUAGAUUAAGCUAGUUUAGGUGUAAUUUGUAUUUUAGUUAUGGAUUGUAUCGUAAGAUAAGAUAAAUUGGGAAAACGUAUUAUGCUGUUCUGUUGAGGGAAAGAUCAGCCUAUUUAAAAUGUAAGCUUUUGGUUACUGUGUUUACAUCAUAGAAUGCAAGCAUUUAUAGUUUGGCUUUGAGAAUUUUUCUUGUAUUAAGUUUAUGGAAAAUGUAUAAAAGAAACGAGUUUUGGUUAUAUUUUUAUAUUUGUAAAGUAAAGGUCGAAUUAAAAUGGUCACUGUUCUUUUUUUAA